AUGCAUUCUCCAGAAUAUCUUCUUGGACUUGCGAAAAUCAAUCCAGAAUUAGAAGAGACAGCAGCAAAUCUAGAUGACCUUCACAUCAAUCCAAGCAAAGGUUUCCUAGUGGGAGGUAUUUCAGCAGGUGCUAAUUUUGCAUCUAUCGUGUCGCAUUUAUAUCGAGAUGAUAAUAUCUCUCCUCCUUUAACAGGUGUAUAUCUCUCGAUCCCUCCUAUCAUCCCCGAAAAAGUCGUACCGGAGAAAUACAAAUCUGUAUAUCUAAGUCUCGAACAAAACAAAAACGCUCCAUUAUUAAAUCGCGAAGUCGCGGAUGUUUUCGAUAAACACUACGCAGUACAAGAACCCACCUCCCUCGCAACCCCAAUCCUCUUCUCCUCGCAUAAAAAUCUCCCAAAAACCUAUUUCCAAAUAUGUGGUUUAGAUCCGCUUCGAGAUGAAGGAUUUAUUUAUGAGGAUAUUUUGAGAGGAAAUGGGGUGGAAACGAAGGUGCAUGUGUAUGAGGGGUUACCGCAUGGGUUUUGGACGUGGUUUCCUGAGGCGGGGUUUACGAGGAGGUUUAAUGCGGAUUGUAGGAAGGGGUUGGGUUGGUUGUUGGGGGUGGGGGAGUGA